GCCAUUUGAUAUGGUGUUGUGGAAACUAUAACUUAGCCUUGCUAAGCCAUGAGAACUCUGAUCUUUCAGUCACAACCAUCUUUCCAUCUUUCUCAGUCUUCUCCAUGGAAGCCCAAAAGCCCAGCCCCCCACCCAACAAGUCUCCAAAACCUACCACUCCCCAAAAGAACACAUCAUAUUCAACCACAUGCCAAUGCAAAAGGGUUUGGCAAUAACACACCAAUCACCAUGAAAGAAAAACCCACAAGUAAAAACCCUAAGCAUGAUGAUGACGAUGAGGAGAUUCCACAGGUCGUAACGGAGAGGAUGUUGGUGAGGAUUGUGGCGGCAGUCGGGCUGCCACUGGCUACCGGCAUAGCUUUUCUGAACGUUUUCGAAUUCAUUAAGGAGAAGCACUUGUGGGAUGUGCCGAUUUGGCUUCCUUUCUUGACGACGCUGUUGACCUUUGGGACGUCAGCGCUUGGGAUUGCGUAUGGGGCUCUGUCUACGAGUUGGGAUGCAGAGAAGAAGGGUUCCAUUCUUGGUUUUGAAGAAGCUCAGAAGAAUUGGGUUGAUAUGUGGAGGGAGGAAGAUGAGGGUAGUUCAUAGAUGUUGCAACUUUUGAAGUGAUACAUAUUUGGUUGUCAUGAACGCAUAAUGAUUAAGCAUCUUCUACAGUACCAUGUACACUGACAUAGCUUUCCCAUAACAUUGUUAGUUUUGUUUUUUUUUCCCUUCUUUAUCUCCCUUAUUGCUUUUGCAAUUGAUGCUAGUGUAUAUUCGGCACUUCUGCAGAUUCCU